CACAUGAUAUGGAGGGGAUUGGAACACCCGAAUCACAUGAUAUAGAGGGGAUGGGAACACCUGAAUCACAUGAUAUGGAGGGGAUUGGCGCACCUGAAUCACAUGAUAUGGAGGGGAUUGGAGCACCUGAAUCACAUGAUAUGGAGGGGAUUGGAACACCUGAAUCACAUGAUAUGGAGGGGAUUGGAACACCUGAAUCACAUGAUAUGGAGGGGAAUGGAACACCUGCAUCACAUGAUAUGGGGGGGGAUUGGAGCACCUGAAUCACAUGAUAUGGAGGGGAUUGGAACACCUGAAUCACAUGAUAUGGAGGGGAUUGGAACACCUGAAUCACAUCAUAUGGAGGGGAUUGGAGCACCUGAAUCACAUGAUAUGGAGGGGAUUGGAUCACCUGAAUCACAUGAUAUGGAGGGGAUUGGAUCACCUGAAUCACAUGAUAUGGAGGAUAUUGGAACACCUGAAUCACAUGAUUGGAGGGCAGCAACAUAUUACAAAGUAGGUUUUAUGAACAACAUGAAGCCGGUAUAAUGAAG